AUGCUGAAGACCACAUGCCCACGGAAUCUCAUCAGUGAGCAAACGAGCCCUUUUAAUUAUUACAGGCCAGGAGAGUACCUGAUUAGUGGGAUCACUUCUACAAUAAACACUAUAUUUGAACCAUAUGUUUUUGUCAAGCCUCCCUCUACCACCUUUCGUGCCAUAGAAGCUUUCAGGUACUGGUACAUCCUUCCCUUCUUGUUUGCCAUUCAUGAGAUCAACCAGAAUCCGAGGCUCUUGCCCAAUAUCACCCUGGGCUACAGCAUCUAUGAGAACUAUUUCAAUGCAAGAAUGACUUAUGAGGCCACAGUAGACCUGAUGUCUGCCGGGCAAAAGCAUGUUCCAAACUACAGCUGUGGAAGACAGAAUAAGCUCUUGGCUGUUCUUGAAGGGGCCGACUCUGAGCUCUCCAAUCAGAUUUCAACCCUGCUGGACCUCUACAAAACCCCACAGGUCAGUUAUGGUUUUGUCAGUCAAGUCUCCAAGGAUAGACACAAGUUCCCUUUUAUUUACCGGAUGGUCCCAAAACCAGAACCUCCUUACAUGGGGAUUGUCAAACUGCUCCUUUAUUUCAGAUGGUCAUGGAUCAGUCUCCUGGCUCCAGACAAUGACAAUGGGGAAAGGUUCAUGAGCAACUUCCCACCUGUGGUCAUCAAGAAUGGAAUUUGCAUUGCCUUCUCAGAAAGCAUCCCAGUGCAGGAUUGGAGAAGGAUGGACAGGAUAGGUUCAUAUUUUAUAAAAACCCAGGUCAAUGUUGUUGUUUGUCCAGUGGACUCUCAGAUCAUAUACACUGUAGUACUCAUACUGCAAAGAACUGAACAGAUCAAAAAGUCAACGGUGGGGAAAGUUUGGAUUGCAACAGCUCUGCAGGAACUCAGCGUAAGCUUCAUGUACAAGAUGGUUAAUUUCAACCACACCCCUGUUUCUUUGUCCUUCUUAAUCAAGAAAGAUAGAAGGACACAAUAUGACAAUUUUGACUCAUUUGCAGUUGCUCUCAAACAGUUUGGGGAGACAGCGUUUCAUUGUUUAUAUUCCAGCCAUGUGCUGUCAGUGAAAGUCUGGGAAAGAUGCAUGGAAAAAGAGACCUUAGAGAACCUGUCCCAGGAUGUGAUUGAAAGAAUCCUGUCUCAAGACUCCUACAGUAUUUACAAUUCCAUCCAGGCUGUGGCACGGACCUUUAAUGCUGCCUACUCACCCCAAUCAAAUGGAAUAUGGAUGGUGGGCAGAGAGAAGCUGGCACUUCAAAGGGUACAGUCAUGGCAGCUCCACCCUUUCCUGAAAAAAUUCCAGCUUUACAAUACUUCUAUGGAUGGAGCUUAUUUGGAUGAGAACGGGGAACUGGCCUCCGACUUCUAUAUUGUGAACUGGGUGGUUUUGCCAAAUAUGUCCAUGGCUAGAGUGGUUGUGGGGAGCACAGAGAGCCAGGCCUCCUCAGAGAUCAAGUUCACCAUUGACCAGAAUGCCAUUGGGUGGCCCAGGUGGUUUAACCAGACCGUGCCUUUUUCUAGAUGUACUGAAAGUUGCCGGCCUGGAUAUGCCAAGGCAAUAAAGGAAGGAGAGCCGAUCUGUUGCUAUGAUUGUGACCCAUGUCCUGAAGGAACCAUCUCCACUCAGGAAGAUUCAGGGCAUUGCAAGAAUUGUCCGGAUGAUCAGCAUCCAAACCAAGACCAAGAUCUAUGUGUUCCUAAGGUUAUAAACUUCCUCUCCUACAAAGAAACUUUGGGGAUCGCCCUAGCUCUCUUUGCCCUUUUCUUGUCCUUAACCACUAGUCUUCUGUUAGGCAUCUUCAUUAAACACCGAGAAACUCCAGUGGUCAAAGCCAACAACCGGGACCUCACCUACAUGCUCCUCAUCUCCCUCCUGCUUUCCUUCUUGUCCUCCUUCCUCUUCAUCGGACGACCCCAGAAGGUGACCUGCCUUCUCCGACAAACUGCCUUCAGCAUCAUCUUCUCAGUCGCUGUGUCUUGUUUGUUGGCAAAAACGAUCACUGUGAUCAUGGCAUUUCUAGCCACAAAGCCAGGAAACAGGAUGAGGAAAUGGCUGGGUAAAAGUUUGGCAAACUCCAUUGUAAUUUCUUCCUCUAGCUUUCAAGUUGGCAUCUGCAUUAUUUGGCUUGGAAUCUCUCCUCCGUUUCCGUACACUGACAUGCACUCCCAACCGAGACAGAUCAUCCUGCAAUGUAAUGAAGGGUCUUCCAUCAUGUUUUAUAGUGCCCUUGGCUACAUGGGCUUCCUGGCUGCCAUCUGUUUCACGGUGGCCUUCCUAGCCAGGAAGCUGCCAGGGGCAUUCAAUGAAGCCAAGCUGAUCACCUUCAGCAUGCUGGUGUUUUGCAGUGUUUGGGUAUCCUUUGUGCCGGCCUACCUGAGCACCAAAGGGAAAUACAUGGUAGCUGUGCAGGUCUUCUCUAUCCUGGCCUCCAGUCUGGGCUUACUGGGUUGCAUCUUCAUCCCCAAAUGCUACAUUAUUGUAUUGAGGCCGGAACUGAAUAAAAAGGAGCAUCUAAUAAUGAAAACAAAACAUUGCAUAUGA